GAGCCGAGCUGCUGGGUGUCGUGAAAGUGUCGUGAAAGCGGCCUUCCUUGACGGUUCGGGGCCACCCGUAUAAGUGGGACGUGCCCGAGUGUGGAAAUUAGUAUGGAGGCAUCCUUGCGGCCUCGGCGUUGCCGGACAUCUGUGGAGAAGCAGGCGGCCGGGUGCUGAGCUCUCGACACUCGGAGUCCGCGGCGGCCGCAAGGCCAUGCUGGCUUGGCGCGUGGCGCGCGGCGCGUGGGGGCCCCUUCGCGUGGCCGGCCGGCCGCCGGGGGCGCGGCUCGGCAGGGGCGGCUCCCGCAGGGCCCUGCUGCCGCCCGCGGCCUGCUGCCUGGGCUGCCUGGCCGAGCGCUGGCGGCUGCGCCCGGCCGCGUUCGCCUUGCGGCUGCCCGGCGCCGGCCCGCGGAACCACUGCUCGGGCGCGGGGAAGGCGGCCCCGGAGUCCGCGGCCGGAGGAGGCGCUACCGCGCAGGCCCCGGGCGCCCGCUGGGUCCCGGCGAGCGCCGCCAGCCCGUAUGAAAAUCCGUGGACAAUCCCAAAUAUGCUGUCAAUGACAAGAAUUGGCUUGGCCCCCGUGUUGGGCUAUCUGAUCCUUGAGGAAGAUUUUAAUGUCGCACUAGGUGUUUUUGCUCUAGCUGGCCUAACGGAUUUGUUGGAUGGAUUUAUUGCUCGAAACUGGGCCAAUCAAAAAUCAGCUUUGGGAAGUGCUCUUGAUCCACUUGCUGAUAAAGUUCUUAUCAGCAUCUUAUAUGUUAGCUUGACCUAUGCAGAUCUUAUUCCAGUCCCACUCACUUACAUGAUAAUUUCAAGAGAUGUAAUGUUGAUCGCUGCGGUGUUUUAUGUCAGAUACCGAACUCUGCCAACACCGCGAACACUAGCUAAGUACUUCAAUCCUUGCUAUGCUACUGCUAGGUUAAAACCCACAUUCAUCAGCAAGGUAAAUACAGCAGUCCAGUUAAUUUUGGUGGCAGCUUCUUUGGCAGCUCCAGUUUUCAAUUAUGCUGACAGCAUUUAUCUUCAGAUACUGUGGUGUUGUACAGCCUUCACUACAGCUGCGUCAGCAUACAGUUAUUAUCACUAUGGUCGGAAAACUGUUCAGGUGAUAAAGGGCAAAUGAGAGGCAUCCGGCUCCAGCAGCAAGGAAGCGACUUGCAUCAUCGGCAGCAGCGCCAGCGAAAGCUACAGGACUUUGCCCAUCUUGGUGUUCAGCUUGUGAAAGGACUUGUCAGGCAGACCAUGUCUCAAACCGAAGGAAUGUACGUCGAAAAGAAGCUCUAUCAUGGGCCUACGCAGAAUUUCCAGUGUAUUUUUAAAUACAAAUAAAACUAUAAUGUAGAAUUUUUAAUCUUAGGUUUUUGAUUAAUUUGUGAGAUGAAUUAUUCUAGUUAUUGUCUUUUUUUUAAAUGUUUUUAAAAAACAUAAUUGAUAGUAUUGAAACAGGAAAGCAGGAGGGAUUUCCUGAGAUUAGAUAUAUACCCUACACAGUGUGGCUAUGCAUUUUUACGUUUGAAUUUUAAAUCUAUAGACACAUUAACAAUUCAUGUGGUGAAUACCUGACCGUUUGAAAAGGUGAGAAUAAACUUUGCGGGGUAGGGUGAAGGUGUAAAGAGCCUUAAAAUGCCAUAAGUUUUGAAAAUAAAAAGAUCAAAUAAAAUAGAUGGUAUUGAAGUUUAUCAGUAGUCUUCCAGCCUCUCAGGUACCAAAUAGUUUAUGUAUUAGGAAAACAGGUAACAUGGGAGUCAGAAUGGAACACGUAAUGGCUUUGCAUCUAAAAGGCCAAGAAUUACGUCAUGCCUCCCCACUAUUUCUAAUGUGAUGUUUGUAUGAUAUUGCAACCUGUACUUAUAUGUCAUGUAAAUAAUAUAAAACUUUAUAUUUUUCAAAGUCUUUUUUUUUUAAAGCUUUGGGGAGUCUUCUAUUGUUAACUCAAUAAAAAAAUAAAAGAGCUUGGAAAAACGUGC